AUGAGCGGCCGCCAACGCAUGCUCGCCGCGGUCCGGCGGGCGUUCGCCUCGGCGGCGCCCCUCGAUCCGUCCUCCGCCCCUCGCCUCGCGCCCCGCGCGCUCGGCGAGCUCGCGCGCCCGGGGGCGCUCUUCCCGUCCGGCGUCGUCGUCGUCGCGCGUCGAUCCGCGUCCGGCGGGCGCGCGGGCGUCGCCGCCGCCUCGUACAAGGGCCCGUUCGCGACGGCGCAUCCGAGCAAGGAGGAAACCAUGCGAUUCGCCGCGCGGCACCUCGCGGUGAUCUCCGGCGGCGACGGCGCCGCCGACGCGGGCGCCCACGGAAAGGGCGGGGGAGGAUCCGGCCUCCACCUCCGCGCGCUCAGGUACCUCGUCGCCGCGCUCGCCGCCGCGGAGGUGGCGCUCUGGGCCAGCUCGCAGGCCUCCGCGCCGGCGGCCGAGGAGCAGACCGUCUCGAACUGGUCCGGCACCCAGCACGUGGACUGCGCACGUCACGUACAGCCGGAAUCCGUCGACGCCCUCGCCAAAGCCGUCGAGUGGGCGCACACGCACCGCCGACGGCUCCGCCCCGUGGGCAGCGCGCUCUCCCCCAACGGCGCCGCGUUCAACGCCGAGGGCAUGAUCUCGCUCGCGUUGCUCGACGAGCUCGUGCGCGUGGACCGGGACGCGAUGACCGUCACCACGCAGGCGGGCGCGAGGGUCCUCGAGCUUGUCGAGAAGCUCCGACCGCACGGGUUAACGUUGGCCAACUACGCGUCCAUACGCGAGCAGCAGAUUGGCGGCUUCACCCAGGUUGGCGCGCACGGAACCGGCGCGCGUAUCCCCCCGCUCGACGAGACCGUCGCGUCCCUCGCGUUGGUCACCCCUGGAAAGGGCGUCGUUCGAUUGUCGGAGGAUGACGAAGACCCGGAGACGUUCCGGAUGGCUCGGUGCGCCGUCGGGUCCCUGGGCGUGGCGACGGAGGUGACGCUGCGAUGCGUCCCGGCGCAUCGGCUUCUGGAGCGCACGUGGACGGCGACGCACAAGGAGGUUGAGAAGAACCACGAUACGUGGCUCAAGGAACACCAGCACAUUCGGUACAUGUGGAUUCCGCACACGGACACGGUGGUGGUGGUCGGGUCCAACCCGUUGCCGGCGAACGCGAAGGUUCCGAAACCGACGAGCGCGUUCAAAUCGGAGGCGAAGAAGGUGGAGCCCAUGGUGAAGCUGCUGAGAGAGGUGGCGCCCGGGGUGGACGCCAGCGGCAUGGGAUUCGGGCAGCUUCGCGACGAGCUGCUGAAGGUGAACCCGCUGGACCUGGAGCACGUCAAGCGAUGCAACGCCGCGGAGGCUGAGUUUUGGCGACGGAACGCGGGCACCCGAUGCGACUGGAGCGACCAGAUCCUCGGGUUCGACUGCGGCGGGGAGCAGCACGUGUACGAGGUGGCGUUUCGCACGGGCGACGACGUCGACAGCAACACCGGCGCGGACCUCGCGUACAUGAAGGAGCUUCUGGCGAUGAUCGAGCGCGAGGGGAUCCCGGCUCCCGCGCCCAUCGAGCAGCGGUGGAGCGCGGGAUCCAAGUCCCCGCUCUCGCCGGCGACGAACGACGGGCACGAUCCGUCCAAGCCCGGUCUGCACAGCUGGAUCGGCAUCAUCAUGUACCUCCCGAGCCCCGACCCGAGCUCGCGCGCGGCCAUCACCGAGGCGUUCAAGUCCUAUGCGAAGAAGGAGGAGGCGGCGCUUGGGGAUAAGUACGGGAUCAGGACGCACUGGGCGAAGAUCGAGCUCCCGGAGGGCGACGAGGAGCGAAAAGAGGCGCGGCGAAGGAUCGAGUCGCGGUACCCGGGGGCGGAUCGGUUUCGCAAGAUUCGCGCCGAGUUGGACCCGAAGGGGGUGAUGGGGAACGACCUCAUCGAGGGCCUCCUGGGCGAUCCGAAGCGGGUGCUGCCGCCGGGGCAGUCCAGGAGCGACUGGAUGGCGCCGGGAGAGUACGUGGAGGCUCCGCUUCGAUGGGUGGGCGCUUCGAUCAGGCGCGCCGUGACGGGAGAGUACGUGGAGGCUGCGCUUCGAUGGGCGAGGCGGGCGGCGGGACCCAGCGCGUGA